AUGCCCGGUCUUCUUCUUUCAGAUGAUUUGGUGAAACUUGCAGCAGACAAAAGAAACCCAUGCCCCACAGGCUGGUUCCAAUUUAAUUCCCGCUGCUUCAUGUUUGUCGAAACUGCAAGGACAUGGCCCAAAGCAGAGGUAUAAUGCUUACCCUCUACUGUGAAUUAAAGUUCAAUUAAAAUCAACUUUUUUGUUUGAAGUUACCUUAAAUGUUGUUUGGCCUUAUUUUAACCGGCCCCUCAUGUAAAAUACUGAACAUCUUAUUAUUCUGUAAUUUGUAUUUUCUAUAGGCUUUGCAAUAUUUUGUGGCGUUGGGCCCUCUAGUAUAUUAGAACCCUCAGGGCAUGGGUUAAGACAGACUAACUAAAACCUCUAAGAUUCUGUUUUUAAUGGAACAUUAGUUCCGAUGGCCAAUAUUUUGAUUGUGAGUCCAGAAGACAAAUUCUCAGACUGCACAACUGACUAAUACUUCCAUUAUGACAUGCCUUUGUCUCUGUCUACUGCUUGCUCUAGCGCCACUGUAUGUUCCUUGGAGAAAAACUGAAGCCUGUGCAUAACACUGUAAAGUACCUUGGCGCAAACCUGGCAUCUGUGCACAGCUCCGACGAGUCCACAUUUCUGCAGGCGCUGGUGUUGAUCAAGACUGGCAGUUUCCCUCUUACCUGGAUUGGCGGCUUUGAUGCUGUUCAGGAAAAGGUACGGUAUUGUCAUACUUAAUAGAAAUGACUGAAGUGAAAGUUAUACUCUACCUGAACAGUUCAGCUAGAGUAUAUUCAUAGGUAAGAUCUUGAGUAUACUCAUCAAUAUGUCGAAUCCUGUUAACUGGUUUAUUAGUCUCAAAACAAUCAGCUGGAAGUAGGUUUUAGGAUGUUAAGACACUGCUCAGACAACUCUGUGCCAGGAGUAAAAUCAGCUCAACAGUUUCUCAGCUGGUAAUGAUAACAGUCUGAGGUACUGCAAAUAAUGGGGAAUAACCAAUCGCAAUAAGGCGUCGCCAGCUGUGGACUCUAAAUAGCACUCUUCAGACUAAAUUAAAUGUUGCAGUGGUAAAAUGUUUUAUAUAAUUUUCGCUUGACACUCUCUUUGCUUAUUCUUACCUAAUAUGUUGGCGUGCAUAACCUAUUUUGCGCUGACUCAUAGAGUAUGAUGGCUGUCAAAAGCGGAAUUUUGAUAUUACCAUUAUAUCCACACUCGCCACUCCCGUUAAACAAUUUUUAAAUUGCUUUGGCACAGUAGGCAUGACAUUACUUGCCUAUAUUUGAAAGGGCUAUCAUGUUUACCAAAUACUACUGAAGUUAACACGGCCCCUAGAUGCUUUAAAUGGCCCAAUGUAUAGGCACACCCAAUUUGGGCAUCUUUUUUAUCAACGUGAUAUUGACAUGAUGUAGGUUAAUGAAAUAAUCGAAAGAAAAACGUCAUUAUUUAUUAGCCUAGUGGUUGUAAGUAUUUAGGCAUAUCAUGUGACUAAGGCCUCGUGUGAAAUCAUUGUCAAAAGCGAAAAAUACUGUUGCGUGUAGGUCUAGAUUUGAGUUGAUCAUCUAGAAAUAUUAUUUGAACAACUCUAGAGCAAUUGCCUGUAUUGCCACAGAUGAUCCAUUAUAUUGACCAGAUACUCCAUUGGCCGCUCUAACAAUGUAAAGAAGUCUUAAAUGGAAGAUCAGGUGGGACCAUUCUAGCCUAUGAGGGCAGAUUCGAGUGACAGGCACACCUCUGAUAUAAAUGUUUUUCUCAAAAUUGCCGGGAUGUCAUGUGUUCUACAUGUAUCAGUACUCUCGUAACAACCUAAGCAUUACAAAACGUAUAUUCACUCAAAUAAGCGAUUACACUUUUUGUUAACAAAAUUCGACAUCUUAUUGACCGCCAUACAAAAACGACUUGCUUGGUGACCGGGGAAAACUCCACCUGCUUGAGAACAGAUUUUGGGCUCAGUUAUGCCUCUCGCUUCGCCUCUUCCUCUUUGCAAUGGCGCAGAAACUGACUAGCUUCCUUUUUUCUAUUUUCGAGACCUUGGGACUAAGGUUGUAUCUGACAUUUUUGUUAAAUGAGUUGGACACAUAAACUGGAUGUUUGCUCAUGUCUGAAGUUAGGUUUUUAAGUGUGUAUAUUAAGCAUCAUAAGCUAUACAACGCGUUUUUUAAUUUCAAUGUUUUAGUUUGAAAGUUCUGUGACAGUGAUUUCAGUUUAGCAUGUAAUGACGGGAUGGAACAAGCUUUCUAGUUUAAGUAUGAAUGGUAGCAGACCGCUGUGACUCAAUCUAAGUUGAGUGAGUUUGUACAUUUCCAUGUUGGCGUUUGUUGCGUAAACCGUUCAAGAGCAGUGGCUAAUCCAAAUACUUCCCAUUUAAGCCUAUGGAUCUUAUAUGCAAAUGUAAAAGCAUUAUAGUUCAAAGUGUAAAUGGGAUCACAAGGCAACCUAUUCCAGACUGAUCUGCCCGUUUGUAUGGCGUUUUUAAAAUCUGGAAUCCUUAAUGGUGACUCGUCUGUUUGCGAUAUGUAACAAAAGUUACAACUUUUUUUUUUAACCAAAAUAAAUAAAAUAAACCACGCGGCGCGACACUCCUCAGCUCCGCAACAAACAAUAACGGUGGUGGGGUGGCGCUGUUUCGUCCUAAUGCAGAGUCGGUUGUAUACUAGUUUUCUUCUCGUUCAAGUCUAUGGCCACUGAAAUGCAUUGGGCUUUGUAUCACCGUGGUUGUAAUUUGAAAAGUAUGUAGUAUCAACACUUAUUUUCACGCAACAGUGCCAGUCUGCAUGGUUUUUGAAGUUGUUUUGGUAGUGGUAGCUUUUACGGGUUUGGUGCUACAGGUGAAGGAAAGACCCUGAGUAUGUUGGAUUUUAGAAAUUGUUCUUGCUUUCAGCAAGCCCAUCUAUGUGAUACUGAGACCUCACCACUUCCCCCGCAGGACAGGCUAUGGUUCUGGAGUGACGGCUCCAAAUUUGAUCACGAGAACUGGGCGGAAGACGAGCCGAGUAACACGAGGGGUGCCAGAGAGCCAUGUAUUCAGAUGAACUCUGGAGGUACAGUAAGCCCACUAUCAUUCAUCAAAUUAAACUUUCAUAGUAAGUUUAACAAAUAUGACACUUUACUAUUUGUGUGUGUACAUCGGAGUUGUGAGGUCAUUUCUAUUCCGUGUUUCCUCUUAAGAUGAAAACGGCUGGCAAGCUGAAUCAUGUGGAAGGCGCUAUCCCUCGGUGUGCUCCAUAAGAACCUGUUUAAUCCAUCAAACUAUCACUUGA